CAAAGUAUGAAACUUUGCCAAGCAUGAAAAUUUGCGAAAUGACAAAGCUGGGAUGUGCUUACUAAGAGAAAGUCAAAAAUAAACAUGUGGCGCAUGCAUAUACAUACACGCGUACGUACAUGUGACUGCUUAUAUUUAUAGAGCUUCCAUUACUCCCUUGUAAAUAUCGGAGGACACGAAAAGGCACAUUUGGAAGGGUCCAUUUUGGGAAGGCCGCCUUAUGACCCGUUCAGUUGAGAAGCUCAGAUUUGACUUUGAAAAUUUCUUCAAAAAAGGAUGGCGCUAAAUCCGACGCUAAUUCAGGGCCAGGAGUUCCUUUUCCCGGCCAACAAAGGAUCAGAGUUCACGUACCUACGAAGGGAAGACGUCAAAAUGAAGCUCUACCUCCCCGACAGAACGAUAAAGGAAGACGGAAUGAUUUUCCUAACGAGCAUACGUUUGGUAUUCAUCAAAAGCGAACGGAGCAGAACGAACGCAAAUUUCAUAUCUGUAGAGUUCCCACUGAAUUUGAUUGAGAAGCCAAAAUUUGAACAACCCGUUUUUGGGUUGAAUUACCUCUCUGGUGUAGUGAAGCCGUUAGUAGAUCACCCCAACAGUCUGAAGAGUCCCUGCAAAUGGAACAUCGUUUUUCUGAAUGGACAGUGUAGUAGCUUCCUUAAUUAUUUUUUUAAGGUAUAUGAUGCGGCGAAGAAAAACAGACCAUUAGGUGCCCUGAGCGAAUUUAAUGAGCAAUUUUUUUCAAGUAGCAAUGCAUAUGUGGAUCCCAGUGACCCCACCUUCUUAUAUAUAAACGAACCUAACCCGGAAAGUCUGUACGGUGCUCAGGGAAUGACGCAAAAUCAUUACAUUUCUCCAAAUAAUCAGAGCAAUCAGGAAGUGCCAGUGUAUAAGAGGCCAUACGUUCCUCAGCAUAGCAAUAAUGGCGGUUCGAAUAACAUGCCUUCUUAUAAUCAGCCAAGUUAUAUGGGGAGUUACGACUCCGUCAGCGGCAGGGGGACCUACGGCCACCAGUCAUAUGGGCCAAGUGGGGCCAACGGGUCGGGGUACUCUAGCCAAAGUUACGAACCCCCCAAUUACGCAAACGCGAAUGCAAGUAGCAACUUAUUAUCUCACUACAACCAGCAGGGUAACAGGAAUGCGUAUGCCAACCAGGAAAACACAACGUCGCACUAUAAUCAACACAGUGGGUAUGUAAAUUAUGAUCAGAUGGAUAACAGAAAUGUGUAUGACCAACAGAAUGGUAACUCUGCACCGCACGGCCAACGCAUGCACCCCCUGUUGUAUAAUCAACCCAACAAUCAGCAAUACAACCCUGCGUAUAAUGAGCAGCUUAACAAUAUGCAUAGUCAGAACGGGGGUACCUCCACUUAUCCGUCGAACCAACAGUCAGGGGAGCGCAACGGUGGACAGGCAAAUUAGCCCAGAAAUGUCACGUAGGUGCUCAGUUAUGUGGGAAGGAAAAAAAAAAAAAAAAAGAGGAAAAAAUUUCGUGUAGCUACACCCAAUGGAGGAUAUAAAUUCAAAAAAAAUGACCGCAUGUUAUUUUCAUUUUUGAUGAUCUUCUCAUGUAAAAUGUUUAAAAAGGGAAUUUUUUUUUUAAUUAAUUAAGAAACGGGAGGAUGCCAUCACCCCCCCAUGUGGAUAUUUCCAUUGUGUAAAUUAUAUGUACAGAUUUGAAGUUACAUGGCCAGUGCGUACUGCUUGAUAAAGCAAUUCAGGGAUGUAAGACAAAAUCGUCUUAGAGAUUAGCAGUCCUUCCGACGAGAUUUAAUUUGCAACUUUUGUGAAGAAAAAUGGGAAUAUGCUGGGGUGUAUGUCGUAGCUGGGGCGGUUAAAUAGAUGUGCACCGCCUGCAUUAGUGUACCGCGCAGAGUGUUCAUUUGCACUGGUGUAGCUGAGAUGGGGAAGUGGCUCCCGUGUAACUUC